CUGGAAUAACUAUUCAACGAAACAGUAAAGUUUUUAUAGACAAUGGCAAUGGCCGGCAGUGAGAACUUUACAGAGCCAGGAGUGUCCCAGGAAGAACAAGCUCAUAACAAUCUGAUGAUGGUGGUGGCCACCUUGACUUGGCUGAUGCUCAGCUGCUUAACGCUGCUCAUUUACUGCUGCAAUUACUGGCAAAUCUUGAGGCCCCAUUUCAGACGAUUUCAAGAGGCAUCCGAGCCGCAGCAAAGCACCCUGCUAUCAGUGGCUGAUUAGCCGGGAAAUGCAAGGAAACUCAUAUCAAAGGACAAAGGAUAGAGGGACAGAAGGACAACAGCUGUCGGCCAUCAUUCUUGGGCCUUGACACUGGCCAUAUGCCUCUGUGCAGCAGCUUUCAUUUCCAUUUUCCAUUUCCGCUUCCGCUAAGUUAAUUCCACACGACAACAGGGAAACAACAAAAAAAUGAAACCCUACAAAAACGGAAAAUUCCAUGUGUUGCUAUUUCCCUUUUCCAUUCGCGUGUCUACCCCACACCCUCCUCUCCUUUGCCAAAAAAUAUUUUAUUUCCCUUGGCUGCCAGGCAACCGAAGCAGGCAACAAAAAGCGGAGCCAGCCAUCCUGAGAUAUUUGCAGCCCGAGUUUUCAUUUCUUUGGCUGGAAAAGUGAAAAGCAUCUUUUAUGCAAAUUUAGCAGGUGGGCGAAAAGCGUUGGGCGUACUGGCAGGUGGGCGUGGCAGGCGUGGCAGGCCGGAGCCAACAUGACUUCCGCUCCUUAACUGGCUUAAUGCCGCUCGGGCACAGAGAAAAAGAGUUCAACAAAGGUAAUGUCCAAAGGGAAUCUCGAAAAUGCUGAAACAUUAUUAAAUUAAAGCUGAGCAAAGGCCAAAGCGGCAAGGGUAAAACAAACUUUGGAACUCUUUAAAUCGCAUUUCCCGAUAAGUGUUUCACUUAGUAGGCUAGAUUAUACCCAUCACAACUGCUAUUAGCUUAGUAGGCUAGAUUAUACCCAUCACAACUGCUAUUAGCUUAAAAUGAAUUUUCCAGCUUCAACGGUCCAAAGUUCAGGAGUCCUUUUCGGUAAGCCGUGCUCAUUCAAACCUCCGACAGAAAACCGUAAACCGAAAACGAAAACCGCAACAAUUAUCCGUAACCCAUUUACGAGGAGCACACAUCAUUACCGUUCAAAGGCAAAGGCCGCCUCUUCCGGAAUUCUCGGGCUUAAAAUUUCGCCAGGCCGAAUUCGAUUUGCCGGAGGCCUCGACAAAGCCUUUAUCACAUAACUCAGGCCAAAGCCGAGCUGGAGUUGGCUUCACAAUCAGCUGUCGCAAAUGGGGGAGCAAAUGCGGAAAAUUCGGAAAAUGUGGGGGAAAACCUAGGGCCUAGGAUAGAGGUAGACUCUUAAGAAAAGUUUUCGCCGGCACCAAAUCAAAUGCCGAUUAUCGCCCAGUUAGUUGCACUCACAAAGGAAGCCCGGCAAUCCGUUGAAUUGGGGAUGUGGUAGUGGUGGUAGCUCCAGUCCGUGGCCUGGCACCAAAUGUGGUGCAGGAGAGGACCCUCACAGGACCCUCUCCUUCCAGGAACAGGCAGAACCAACGACUGUUCACUCAUUAUCGGCGUGUUUGUUUUAUGAAGGUCGUUUCCAACAGCCCGCACAAAAGGAUUCAAGCCACGCACGCACAGACAUCGCCAGUGUCGUCAGAGGAUUCCUGCAGCCCCCUGCCCCCUCGAGCCCCAAGCUCCACACCAAAGAAGACAACCAGCACUGAGAAAAAAGUAUAAGUG